CAUACAUACCGAGAGUACUGUUUCUACGCUUCGAUCUCGAAGUCUUGAUCGAUCGAUUAAAAUGCCCCUCACAUUUAAGAUAAAACUCCUCCGUGCUUUGUCUGUGAUCCAAUGCUGGUUAUCUUUGUGGCUGAUAGUGCUCGGAAUAGUGGAAAUUGUGCGAGUAAAAUGGAGAUUCAGUGGGCUUGGAAUGCCCAUUUGGACUGGAGUGUUGGUUGCUCUUACUGGUUCAUUUGGUGUUUUGAUAACUUUUAAAUUUCUGCAAAAGUCACAGGGAGUGGUAACUAUUCCUCAAUAUUUAGCAAUGACAUUGAUGGGUUUCUCCCUGGUGUGUGGUAUUCUCUCAAGCAUGAUCAUGUUUAAUUAUGGGCUGGAAUUGGCUGUGGCAGGCCAAAGGUCAUUUCUAUAUUAUACCUCUGGCAACCGUGAUUUUGAUGACAACUCUUUCACUGCUGCUAAAGUACCUCUUGCUGUUGAUGCUCGUUACAAUGAGGAGCAUGCCCUUGUGGGCUCCAUCUUUGCAUUCACUUUGCUGGAAAUGAUUGCAGCUUUAUGGUCUGCCGCCCUCUGCUUUGUCAAUGAUCAAAAGCCAAUGGACAAGAAUGACGAUUAUGAAGUUGAUCCCUUGAUGGAGGGCGUUGGACAAAGCCAACAAGCGAGUGGUGCAUCAUGCUAAUUUUGUACAUGCAGUUACUUGUAUUAAUUAAUAGAUUCCAUGUUGCUGUGUGCCUUUUCAGUUAUAGACCAUAGAUGAUGUUAAAAUGUGGUUAGAAUAAAAAUUUCAUACAAGUGGUGCACUGAAGUGUGUCACUGAUAUUCUUACCAUGUUUCACUUCAUCUGUGAUCUGUGGCAACUUGAAUAUGGUAAAAUAGCAAAAUGCUUUUAAUGGUGAUGUCAUCUAUGCAUCUGUCUUCCAAUAUAUCGUGAGAACCAAUCAAAGUGAAGGUAUGAUUUGGCAUAUAUAACGAUAAGUAGCUAACAAUUAUAGUAAUAUUGUGACCCAUGGGCUUCACAAAAAGCACUGUCUCUCAUGAUAGGAACCUUAAGCAGUUAGGACAGCAAAUUGCCAAGGGGACUUUAAAAGUAUAUAUUCAAAAUUGAAUUAAUAUUUUUAGUUAGAAUUUCGCCGUCGUAGUUUGCUAAACGUUCCUGAUAAUUAUGUUGAAAUCAACUGCUAUAUCACAAGAAAAAUUGUUCUGAAGUGCUUCAUGUUGUUUACAAAACAACCCUUGUUACCAGAGUUUAUCAUUGUAGAAUUUCUCGAAAUGUAACGCUAGCAGUAGAGUAUGUCACGAAAUGCAACGCAUGUGUUCUGAAGUGCUUCAUGUUGUUCAAAAACAACCCUUGUUACCAGAGUUUAUCAUUGUAGAAUUCCUCGAAAUGUAACGCUAGCAGUAGAGUAUGUCACGAAAUGUAACGCAUGUGUAAUGUCACCGGAUCUCGUGAUUAUCACGUGACGCGUGUUGAAUUGUAACCUGUAAAGAAACCUGGUAGUUUUUCGGAUGCGUAGUUUUCUUUGAUGUUUUGAUCUAUUCAGGGGAACAUUUUCGAAGUAAAUUGUCUUAAAGAGUUAAAAAUUUGUGUUUGCGCAUUAUUUUAAAAUUAUCAUAAUUAGACUUAUGACAAGGCAUCAUCUAGAUUCUGCUUGGUUUGCUGCUGGGCACAAACCAUCGCUUGCGUCUUACACUACAGUGUUCAGUUUCCAGCCUUUCUGAGAUUGAGGUUAUUUUAAUAUCUUACCAGUGCACUGGAAAAAAAAAUGCCCUCUUCAAGUUUUAUAUUUUCUUUUUUUAAGUAAAGCUGCUUUUUACAAAACUUGAAUAUUUUCUUGUCUGUAGCUAUCAACAUAAAAGAAAGUUCGUUAAAGAAAUCAAUAUGACAGUCUCUAGAUGCAUCAAUAAUUUAUUCCUUUUCUUUUCCUGAUUCGAAUAGACAUCUGCAUGAUUCCUUGGGUGUGCAAAACAAUUAGGGACCUUUAGCAAACCACGACGGCGGCGGCAACGAGAACGAGGCUAAACAAAGGAUCUAAUGAGCAGAACAUUAGCUCAGCACGUGCGUUUUUAAACUGUGUUCAUUUCCUCGCCGUCCUUUGCAAAACGAUAACGUGAAAUCGUCAACAUCUGCGUGGUCUGAGAAAGGAAACCCCGACGAUAAAUUAGUCAAGUUUCUAUAUUGAACUCAAAGUUUCUCUCAUACAUUAUUCUAUGGUUAACUUGCGGAACCGUAAGAGAUCGUAAACACAUCCAGCCAUUCGCGAAGUUCCAACUAAAAAUAUAUAUUCAUUGGCGUUGCUGUCCUAACUGUUAAAGGUCCCUAAUUCAUUAUACGGGGAAGGGGGGAGGUGGCUAUGGAAGAUUGCACAAGGCUCAACACUUAAAGUAGACGUAUAACUUAUGGCUGGAAACUGGAUAAGAUACUGUAACACUGUAUGAUAAGACGGUUCAAAUAAUGGCAAUUCCUUAACGAAAUGGAAUUUAAAACUGCUUAUUGUCGGGAAAGGGGGGAGGGGUGGAGGGGGUGUCACCAUACCCGUACGGGCCACCAUCCAAUCUUAUGAGAAAGCUAUCCUCUCUUAUAUGACGCCCAAGCAUUUUACUUCGAGUUAUUUGGGAAAACAUUUUCUAAAAAUAAGCCUCCCACCUACCCUAAUACAUAAACAAAAACAUUAACAAAUUAAGUAGCUACUGCGUUGUUAAUUCGAGCUAGUUGUGUUUUGUACAAAAUAUAUUUGUUUGUAAACUUUUAUAUAUAUAUAUAUUGUUUGUGCGCAAUUUGCAGUUUUUUUAACUAGUUAUUUGCUAACUGUAUUUAAUACUCACUGUAACUGGCCAGAAAUGAGAUAUUAAAAGAGUAAGUUACACUUUGA